UUGUGCUGAGCAAUCGUUGACGUAACGUCUCCACGGUACUUUCUGGAACGCCCAUCUUUCAAACUUCCUAGACGCUUCGCCAUUGGCUCCCUCUGGUCCUGUGAUCAACGGUCGCGGGAAGUCUUCUGCCACGCGCGUGAUGGGAAGAAGUUGCUAGUUCUUUACCGACAAAGUUUAUGUGUAAACAUUGGUUUGGACGUAAUUCUGAGUCGGCGAACAAUUGAGACGUUGGUGACGGAUACUGAUACAAGAUUCGGACUCAACAGUUGAUCGGAAAGUUCCGGACGUUGCUGGGACGUUGAAGGCAAGCUAACUCCAGUGCCAUUUCUCACCGCUGAUGGGCGUGUAGGAGCUCGUGGACACGUAAACUUUUCUUCUGUGAUGUUAACAAACUUUUAUUGUUAAACCUUGUUGGAUACAUUUGAAGCAAGUACCUUAUUUAAAAGGUAGUUAAGCGUUGGAUACUUUGUGCUUUUUACGGACAACCCCACUGCAACAUUAGUGGAAGCCAAACCGCGUGUUUUCUCCCGUCGAAGAAGCUGGGGUUUAAAUCCUGAAAAUGUCCAGCUACAGCCGUCAACGACAUGGAUCACCGUCCCCAAAGCCUCGACCAAUUCGCCAGAAGUUAUUAUUCACGUCAAGCGAUGGAGAGGACGAGCCUAUUGAGGAUGUUAACAACAGCACCGGUGGAGAGUCCGGCUUCACCGAGCUGGAUUCCCCGAUGCCCGUGCGACGGGAUCCCGGCGAAAAGCUCCUGGAUGACGGCAGCAGCCCUCUGACUCGGUCUGUUGAGGACGACGAAGUUGAACUGUGGGACGAGGAGGGUUUCGGGUCACCGUCUCACCAGCGGUCCCCCGCUAGUGUUAUCUCAACUACCUGCUCACCAUCACCGAGGAAAACGUCCCAACUGUACAGUGGUUCACCGGAGCGGUCCUACGUACAGGACGGCGGAGAAGGCUCCAGCUCUCCGAUCCCAGACUGUCCAGACACUCCUCCGCACAAAACCUUUCGAAAACUCAGACUCUUCGACACCCCGCACACGCCGAAGAGUUUGCUGUCCAGAGCCAGGACCCUCGGAUCCUCCAGCAGGAGAGUUUCCCUGUUCAAGAAUGUGGAGUCCUCAGGAAAGCCAAUCGCAGACAGCAGCAGGAGACAUCAGGCACCUCUGGUCAACUUUAACCCAUUCACCCCUGACUCCCUCCUCAUCCAGUCAGUCACACAGCAGAGAGUCAACAGAAAGCGGGCACACUGGAAUGACUCUUGUGGAGAAGACAUGGAAGCAAGUGAUGGUGAAGAGGAAUUCCUUCCACCCUCAAAGAGGCUCACCAUGAUGGAAAGCAACAUGAUGUCCCGGUACGAAUCGGAGUUCCUUGAACUAGAGAAGAUUGGUUGUGGGGAGUUUGGAGCUGUGUUCAAGUGUGUGAAAAGACUUGAUGGUUGCAUCUAUGCUGUCAAGAGGUCAAAGAAACCUUUGGCGGGAUCAGUAGACGAGCAGAACGCCUUGCGAGAAGUAUACGCCCAUGCUGUGCUGGGCCAACAUCCACAUGUGGUGCGUUACUACUCAGCCUGGGCCGAGAACGACCACAUGCUUAUUCAGAACGAGUACUGCAGCGGUGGCACACUGUCUGACGUCAUUGCAGAGAACUAUAGGCAACUCAGCUACCCAUCACAGCUGGAGCUGAAAGAUCUACUGCUUCAAGUCGCACAGGGGCUCAAAUAUAUUCACUCAACAUUGCUCGUACACAUGGACAUCAAGCCCAGCAACAUCUUUAUUUCUCGCAAAUCUGUACCAAGCUGUGAUGAUUGUGAUGAUGAUGAUGGCCCAACCACCAGUGUUGUCUACAAAAUUGGUGAUCUUGGUCUUGUGACAAGAGUGAACAAUCCACAGGUGGAGGAGGGUGACAGCAGAUACCUGGCCAAUGAAGUUUUGCAAGAGAAUUACAGUGAUCUGACAAAAGCAGACAUCUUUGCUCUGGCUCUGACUGUUGUCAGCGCCUCUGGGGCUGAGCCUCUUCCCACAAAUGGAGACAAGUGGCAUGAAAUCCGACAGGGAAAACUGCCCAACAUCCCUCAAGUUCUUUCACCUGAGUUUAUCAGUCUUCUGAAGCUCAUGAUCCACCCUGACCCAACCAGAAGACCAUCAGCGGCUGACCUCAUCAAACACCCGGUACUCCUCACUGCUGCCAGAAUGAGUGCAGACCAGCUCAGAGCCGAACUCAGUGCCGAGAAGUUCAAGAAUGCACUGCUACAAAAGGAGCUGAAAAAGGCCCAGAUGGCCAGGGCUGCAGCAGAGGAGAAGGUUUUGUCCACUGACAGGGUCCUGACCCGCUCCACAGUCCAGUCCAAUUCCAGAACCUCCAGACUCAUCGGAAAGAAGAUGAAUCGUUCGCUCAGCCUCACCAUUUAUUGAGACUUUGUUCCAUUGUGACAGGACCAUUUUGUUUCUUUCUGGUCGGUCACAGCGCUGAGCUGUUCAGCCAUGUUUGGACAAUGUACAGUUGCCACACUGAACCUGAACUCAAUAGACUUCAGCCUCACUGUCUACUGAGACUUUGCUCCGUUGUGACAGGACCACUAUUUUUUCUUUUGUGUCGGUCACAGCGUUGAGCUCUUCAGCACUGUUGGGACAAUAGACAGUUUGCAACACUGAACCUGAACUCAAGAGACUUUCAUUGCCAAUGUAGUUUUGACCUUUUGCUGAGGAACUUGAGUCUGGGGAAAAAGAACUUGUUCCUCAAAAGGUAGUUGCCCUACCUUUACUCUAUGUCAUUCCAUAAGUUGGCAUAGACGUUAGUCUCUGCGUCUGUCCUUGCACUUCCCUCAAGACGAAGCCGAAGCCUGUUGGCAGCAGAUCAAAGCUGCAGUGAAGCUCUCUUCAGUGUGAAUGUACUUGCCGUCGCCUUGUGCACCUUACUGCCUGUCAAAUGCCUGAUGCUGGGUAUCGGAACUGACUAUUUCUGUUUGUAAUCAAGCACUUUGUAGGCAAAAUGUGGAACCUGCCACAUUUUCAAGAUAAAGAGUAAUUGAUGCUGCUAUUGAUGUUUUGUAUGUUCUGGGGUUUGGCCAGUUUCAGGUCAGAUCACUCUGGAGGUCAUUGGCUCUUAUUUUUAAGUAGGAGGAGUCUACCCCACCUUUCCUUGUCUAAUGGGUUUUAUUUUUCUGCUUGGGUGGAAAAAAAAUUCAUGCAGUUUUAGGAAAAUAAUCCAUCUGGUCUUCUAUUCAUUUGUGUGAAUAGAAGACAGGUUUUGAUUUCCCCCACUGAAUGGUGCUGCCAACCCCGCCUUGUAGCAUUACAACAAUCAUCACCCUGUACCCAAUCCCUCUCAUUCCCUCAAGGCUUGCCUUCAUUUAGAGAGAAGUAUUCAUCUCUGUUAUAAACUCUAACUCAAAAAGGUUUGUUGUAACAUGUACAUAGUUCUUUUAAUAAAUCCUCUUCACUUUA